AUGCUUGAACCACAACUCUCAGGUACACGCAAACGUCAACGCCCAGAGCAGCCUCAACCAAACGAAAUUCCGGCGUCCAAAAAGCAGAGGCGCAGCCAUCCCAGCAGAUCCCAAUCACCGGCGGCAUUUUGGGAUAACUUAUCGAAGAUCUGGUUGACGAAACGAGCGUUGAGAGAGCUAGACCGAAGAAACACUCAAGCUGCUACUCACACCGCCCACUAUCUUCGUUGUUGCGAUCUGAGGACCCUGGAAGACGUGAAGCGGUUUGAUGACGCUCUCUAUUCUCAGAGCCGACAACGGGGUUCAAUGAACCCCCCGGGCACUGAGCCCACCACGAAUACAACAAAAACAAAGAGCACCGGGGUUUAUGACUUCGCCUUUGAACUACACCUUGUAGAUAACGCUGUUUAUCCUCAUGGUUACAGAUAUCUCGAUAACAGUGUGCCUGCGAAGCCAAAUGACUGGAGGGCGAUCAACCAAAUAUUAGCACAACGUCGACCUUCUCUCUCACCAUCUAAAUUCACUGAUGAAGAGUUUGAAAGAUUUGCGCAGACUGAUGCGGAUGCCGUUGGAGAAAAAAAAGUGUUAGAAUUAGUAAUUCCCACUAUUGAAGGCAACAUCACAAACGCUGGAUACCGCUUAAGAGGAAUCCCGUUUGACAACCUUGUCCCCCUAACGGACCGCGCGCUUAAACCUGGGAACCCAGACAUCUACUACGGCGCACGCCCGGAACAACUUGCUCGAAAAGUCCGCGACGAGCUUGGCGGCCAAAUUAUUCCUUCAACGGAGGACAACCUUCCCAUGGCACCAAACUUCUUCCUGACGGCCAAGGGGCCGGAUGGAUCGCUGGCGGUGGCUGGACGACAGGCUUGUUACGACGGCGCAUUGGGAGCGAGAGGCAUGCACAGUCUUCAGUCAUACGGGAGAGACGAGCCUGUUUCCGACGACAACGCUUAUACCAUUACGUCGACUUAUCACGGCGGCACUCUCAAGAUGUACACCAGCCACCGUACACAGCCAACCAGCGCCGGAGGCCGGCCUGAAUACUACAUGACUCAGCUGAGAUCCUUUGCAAUGACCGACACUGCUGAGACUUUCCGACAGGGUGCCCGGGCGUAUAGGAACCUAAGAGACUGGACAAAAGAGCAGAGGGACGAAGCUAUCCAGCAGGCGAACGAGAGAGCCAACCCAGUUGCAGCUGAAGCACCAGCACUAGCAGUUUGCCCUUCGAAUAAGAAUAGGCCACGAUCAUGCGAUCUCUCGUAG